UUACUACGCAUAUAUAGUUAAUAACAAUUUUACAUUAUUUACUGCUGGAGAAGUUAUCAUAUUAAUUAAAAUUGCCUAACGUUGCAACGCUGCAUGUAUUCCGGGUGGCCUGUUGCCUUAUGGCACAUGGUCAAAACACAAACAAAAACAUAACCUGUAAAAAUUAGGCAGUGAAGUGAGAAUUUCAUAAAAAAUCCAUGAAAAGCACUUAAAACCUGAAUAAAAUGGUUAAGGCUAAUCAAAGAUAUUUCACAAAAAAUGAACCAGCUGAGCCAGGGAAAUCUAAAUCAACAAAACCGUCAAACAGCCAAGAAAUCAUCGAAUUCGAUGUGUCCGAGGUUAAAACGAAGGCCUGGGGCCGACGGCGAGAAGAUCGGUCCACUAAAAAAUUCCAAAACAAUAAAACAAACUUGAACAAAAACAGUAAAAUUGUAAAAAAACCCAAAGGGGGAACCAGUAUUUUUGAGAAGGACACAGUGAAGAAACUCAGACCGAACGAGGGAAAACGAAAACGGUUUAAAGUGCCAACUGAGUGGUUGGAAAAACACUCUAAAGGUGAGGGAGUUAACUUGAAGAAAAUCCACACAAAAGUUCAUCAGAAAAAAGCAGAGGAGAAGGAGAGAGAUAUUAAGUAUGCGACAGAUGUUGCCGCUACAGCUGAAGUUCUUCUGACAGAAGAAUCUGGUUUCCUCGAACCUGAACCCGGUGAAACCUCAACACAAUUUACUCAAAAACAAAUCGCAGAUAGUGUAGAUGUUUCAGCAGCUGCCAAAGCCUUUGAGCUUCAACUGGAGUUCGGGCCUUACAGAUCUAAAUAUACAAGAAACGGUAGGCAUCUGGUUUUGGGGGGCAAAAAGGGCCAUGUGGCCUCGUUCGACUGGGUAACAAAAAAACUCCAUUGCGAAAUAAAUGUGAUGGAAAGUGUACAUGAUGUGAGCUAUUUACAUGUGGAAACAAUGUUUGCCAUAGCCCAAAAAGAUUGGGUGUAUAUUUAUGAUAACCAAGGUAUCGAGUUGCACUGCGUUAAAAGACUUAAUAAAGUCACUAGGUUGGAGUUUUUGCCUUAUCAUUUUUUACUGGCAAGUUGCAGCGAUGAGGGGUAUUUGAGUUGGCUUGAUGUCUCUAUAGGACAGUUAGUUUCUCAGUUUAACACAAAUUUAGGCCCUUUAAGUGUAUUAACUCAAAAUCCAUGGAACGCUUGUUUGUGUUUGGGGCAUGCCAAAGGGGUGGUCUCCAUGUGGAGUCCUAAUUCCAGGGAUCCACUUGCAAAAAUGUUGUGCCAUAAGGCACCGGUAUUGGGAGUUCAUGUAGAUCCCACAGGAAUGUACAUGGCUACUUCAGCAAGUAACAGAGAAUUAAAAAUCUGGGACGUAAGAAAACUGGAAGGGCCAGUGCAGGAGUAUAAAUUAGUCACUGCGGCAACAAAUCUGGCAUUUUCCCAGAAAAAAAUGUUAGCGGUCGGUAUGGGAAACGUUGUCGAAGUGUACAGGGAUUGUUGUACUGAGAGUGCCAAAAGACCCUACUUAAGGCAUAGAUUCAAUAACCCAAUAGGCAACUUUAACUUCUGUUCGUACGAGGACGUCCUGGGCGUGUCAACCGCUCGGGGUUUCACUAGUCUCCUGGUUCCUGGUUCGGGUGAACCCAACUUUGACACUUACGAAGCGAACCCGUUCCAGAGUAAGAAGCAGAGGCAGGAGGCCGAAGUUAAAUCACUUCUGGAGAAGAUUCAACCUGAUUUAAUUAGCCUGGAUCCGACGGUGAUCGCUGAAGUAGACGUUGUCACUCUAAGGGAUAAGAUCGAGGCCAAGAAGAAAUUAUUGCACCUAAAACCCCCUAAAAUAAACUACGAGCCGAGAAACAAGGCGAAAGGUAAAGGAGGAUCGGUGAAAAUCGCCAAAAAUAAAAAGAUCGUCCAGGAAGAGGCCAGAAAGGAAUUCAAGAAGGCCAUGAACAACGUCUUACCUGAAGCAAAACAAAAGAGUAAGAAGACUUACAACGUCCUGGACCGAUUUAUUUCAAAAAAGAAGUAGCAGUUAUUAAGCUGUAAAGUGUAAUUUACUUUUUAUAAUAUAUACGUUUUAUGAGUUCA